CUUUUAUUUUGGUCUGGUGGUGUGAUGUCAUAAGGCUGCGCCGCACUCCAGUGUCUGUGAUUCAGCUGAUGAAAGAGAAACUCCUGGUGAAGCGACUGAGAUCCACGUGACACUAUUAUAAAGAUGGCAUUUAUUAAAGAGGAGAGUGAAGACAUAAAGAUGGUGUUUGUUAAAGAUGAGAGUGAAGAAAUGAAGAUUGAAGCAGUAUUCAGAGUGAAACAAGAAGAUACUGAGGAACAAACAGAUGUAAUGUCGCUGAAAGAGGAGAGGGAAGUACUUAAUGCAGAGAAAUCUGAAGAAAAAUCUUUUAAAUGCUCACAGACUGAAAAAACUUGCGCAGGAAAAAAAGCUCAAACUAUGAGUGAUUUCACUUGCAUUCACUGUGGAAAGAGUUUCAAUCAGCAAAGAAAUCUUAAAGUCCACAUGAGAAUUCACACUGGAGAGAAGCCUAACGGAUCCAUUCAGGGUGGAAAGAGUUUCAAUCAAGAUGGAAACCUUAAAGUCCACAUGAGAGUUCACGCUGGAGGGAAGGCUUACGCAUGCCCUCAGUGUGGAAAGAGUUUUGAUCGUCAUGGAAACCUCAAGGUCCACAUGAGAGUUCACACUGGAGAAAAGCCUCACACAUGCCUUCAGUGUGGAAAGAGUUUCAAUGAAAAAGGAAACCUUAAUGUUCACAUGAGAGUUCACACUGGAGAGAAUCCUUACACAUGCCUUCAGUGUGGAAAGACUUUCAAACAACAUGGAAACUUUACGGUCCAUAUGAGAGUUCACACUGGAGAAAAGCCUUACACAUGCCUUCAGUGUGGAAAGAGUUUUGAUCGUCAUGGAAACCUUAAGAGCCACAUAAGAGUUCACACUGGAGAGAAGCCUUACACGUGCCUUCAGUGUGGAAAGAGUUUCGAACAACAUGGAACCCUUAAGGUCCACAUGAGAGUUCACACUGGAGAAAAGCCUUACACAUGCUCUAAGUGUGGAAAGAGUUUUGCUCGACGUGGAACUCUUAAAGUCCACAUGAGAGUUCAUACUGGAGAGAAGCCUUUCUCCUGCACUAAGUGUGAAAAGAGUUUCACUCAAAAAAAACACCUUGAAAUCCACACGAGGACUCACUCGAAAGAGAACUUUUAAAUGUCACUAGGGUGGAAUAAGUUUUACAGACAAGAAACACCUAAUGUAAUAACACUGGAGAGAAGUCUUUCAUGUGUGAAGACUUGUAAAUCUUGAGCUUCACACAAUCUGGAUAAUGGCACUGUUGUCUUCUGUAGAGCUGCUUUAUAGCUGAGUCACAUCUUGAAACAUAAACACUGGUAUUUGUACUGAAUUGAAUCAACAAUAAACUGAAUAACUACA